AAACCAAAAGUCAUGCUCCUGCCCCCCUUUUGCGUCAUCGAUUGUACCCUCAUUCCUCCUUUAGUCGGCACUGACAAAGCGCUGCAUGAAGGCUGUAGGAUUGGUUUAGGCUUUAAUGAAAAAAUAACAAGGAUCUCAGGUUGAAUAUUUAAACUGAAAUAGUAUUAAAAUCUGGAUUUUCUGAUUUAUGGAACGAUGGCCUCAGCUUUUUCGCUGCACCUCGUCCUUGCUUGUCUUUUUCUUUCCCUCCCUCUGGUCAAAGGAGACGUGAGCUACUCGAUUCUGGAGGAGUUGAAACGCGGAUCUGUGAUCGGAAAUAUUGCUAACGAUUUGGGUCUGGACCUGCGCAUGCUGUCUGCUCGGAAGGCGCGGAUCGACACAGAACACGAUGAUGUUAAGUACUGCGGAGUGAAUUACAACACUGGAGAGCUGAUUGUACAAGAGAGGAUCGACAGGGAGGGCCUUUGUUCAAAGAAAGUACCGUGCGUAAUGAAGCAGGAGCUGGUUUUGGAAAAUCCGCUGGAGAUCCAUCGCGUUAAUAUUCACGUUCAGGACAUUAAUGAUAAUUCUCCACAGUUUAAGGAGGGAUCACUGAAACUAGAAAUUAGGGAAUCAGCAGCGAAAGGUGCGACGUUCCUCCUUGAUGAAGCGCACGAUGCAGACGUCGGAGAUAAUGCUGUGCAGGGCUACUCGCUCCAACAGAAUGAUUGUUUCAAAUUAAAUGUGAAAUCAAAAGGUGCUGGACGGAAAUACAGUGAGUUGGUGCUUGAGAAGGAGCUAGACCGAGAGGAGAAAAAAGAAGUCAUUUUGUUGCUGACAGCUUUAGAUGGAGGAUCUCCUCAGAGAUCAGGUACAGUAGUCAUACACGUCACUGUGCUGGAUGCUAAUGAUAACGCCCCAGUGUUCAGUCAGGCUGUUUAUAAAGCCAGUCUGCCUGAAAACUCUCCUUUAGACACGGUUGUUCUUACAGUAACUGCUGCUGAUGCUGAUGAGGGAGUGAAUGGAGAAGUUAUUUACGGGUUUGAUCACGUUUCUGAUGAAAAUCAGAUGUUUUCUUUACAUCCAAAAACAGGUGAAGUUAAGGUAGCGGGAGCUAUUGAUUAUGAAAAAGAAUCAAAAUAUGAAAUGCAGAUCAGCGCUAAAGAUGGCCUAGGGUUGGCGUCUCAUGCAAGUGUUUUAGUUGAAAUAAUAGAUGUAAAUGACAACGCCCCUGUCAUAUAUCUAAAGUCCCUGUCCAACCCGGUACCUGAGAACGCACCACCUGGUACAGAGGUGGGCAUCAUCAACGUGCAGGACAGAGACUCUGAGAAGAACCGACAGGUCCGCUGCUCCAUCCAGCAGAACGUUCCUUUUAAGUUGGUUCCUUCUAUUAAAAACUAUUAUUCUCUGGUGACCACAGGACAGCUGGACCGUGAACUAGUGUCUGAUUACAACAUUACAAUCAGUGCCACUGACGAGGGCUCUCCACCUCUGUCCUCCUCUAAAACUGUUCAGUUAUCUGUAGCUGACAUUAACGACAACCCACCUGUGUUUGAGGAGCAGUCCUACAGCGCUUAUGUGAGUGAAAAUAACAAACCUGGCUCCACUUUAUGUUCCGUUAGUGCUCGAGACCCGGACUGGAGACAAAACGGUACCGUGAUUUAUUCUCUGAUACCUGCUGAGGUGAACGGUGCGUCAGUGUCCUCCUAUCUAUCAGUUAACGGAGACACGGGGGUGAUCCACGCUGUCAGGUCGUUUGAUUAUGAACAGCUGAGGAGUUUUAAAGUCCACGUGAUGGCCAGAGACAACGGUUCUCCUCCUCUCAGCAGCAACGUGACCGUGAGUGUGUUCGUAUCAGAUGUGAAUGACAACUCUCCUCAGAUUCUGUACCCCGCCCCGGAGGGCAGCUCCUUCAUGACCGAGCUGGUCCCCAAAGCUGCACACGGAGGCUCUCUGGUGUCCAAAGUGAUAGCGGUGGACGCGGACUCUGGACAGAACGCCUGGCUGUCCUAUCAGAUAGUCAGAUCCACUGAUCCGGGACUUUUCACUAUCGGUGUGCACAGCGGAGAGAUCAGGAUGCAGCGGGACAUUUCUGAAUCUGACAGCAUGAAACAGAACCUGAUUGUAGCAGUGAAAGAUAACGGACAGCCCUCUCUGUCUGCCACCUGUGCCAUGUAUUUACUGAUUUCUGAUAACUUGGCUGAGGUGCCAGAGCUGAAAGAUAUUUCUUAUGAUGACAAGAACUCCAAACUGACCUCGUAUCUGAUCAUUGCGCUGGUGUGUGUGUCCACCUUCUUCCUGACCUUCAUCAUCAUCAUGCUGGGUGUGAGGUUUUGUCGCAGGAGAAAGCCCAGACUGUUGUUUGAUGGAGCAGUGGCCAUUCCCGGAGCUUAUCUCCCUCCUAAUUACGCAGAUGUUGAUGGAACAGGAACUUUACGCAGCUCCUACAACUAUGACGCCUACCUGACAACAGGAUCUAGAACCAGUGACUUUAAGUUUGUGUCAUCUUACAAUGACAACACGCUGCCUGCUGACCAGACUCUGAAGAAAAGUCCCUCUGAGUUUGCUGAUGUGUUUGGAAGUUGUGAUUCUUCUCCUGAGGUAGGCAAGUCCGUCUUAUUUUCAGCUUUAACCCUCUGGAGGUAGGCGUUGCAUAUUUGCUACGUUAAAACCUACCUGGUUUUCCUCAUAUGUAUUUCAUGAGCAUUUUUUAACUCAGAAUUACACCUGAAGGACUUAGUUGUUCACAUUUUUAUCAAACUUAUUUUGAGCCUGAGAGGGUUACAUUUUAUUCAUUGUCAGAACUAUUUCUAGAAGUGUGGGGGACUGGUUUUAACUUUUCUUUAUAUUCUUACAUCAGCAUAUCAUUUUUCUUUCAUGCUGGUUGCUUUUUUUAAUAUCUUACUCAAUUCAGAUGCUUUGCAUUUAGAAUAUUAUUUUUGAAUAUUUUUCAUAAUCUGAUUAAUAAUUCACAU